AUUGGUAGAUAAUGCAUGAUGGGAUUCUAAUCCAAGGGAUUCUCAUUAGCGUGUUUCGGCCAUUGUAUAAUGUUUGAUAAAUAAUUCGUUUCAUAUGUGUAUAUGCGUAACUAUCAACAAUGGCUGUAGUUUAGGGAAAAUAUUGAAUGCAUUGUCGUAUCCUUGAAAGACGCGGCGUUUCUAACGCAGUGUUUUCAUUUCACGUUGGCGUUGCCGGGUUCAACAUUAAAAAAUAAUUUAAUCGAGAAAAAUAGUAUAAACCAGCGUUAGAUUUUGGGCUUCGAGCGGAGCCUGCUGUCAUGGCAGCCACCAUGUCGGCCGAGGACAGCGAGGACCAGUGGCUGUACAGCAGCACCAACCCACCUCCGCCUGAAGAUGCCACCAUGGCUGAUGCACCGGCAGAUGACACUGAUGACAAGUUCAGUGACUUUGAAUCUAUCAGCCAGAGUAAGGAAGCCGGCCAGAGCGGCCUGGACGACUCGAUCAACACAGACGGCGAGGAGGGCAAGCUCGAGAUCCACGAGGACGGCGACGGGCCGGCCGGAGCCGACGGAGAGCGGCCGGCCGCCGGGGACAACGCCGGCGGCAAGGACGGCGACGCGGCCGACGCCAUGCUAGAGGACAUUGAUGACGACAGUGACGAUGACGUCAACGUGGUGAUCCGCGACAUCGCGGCGCCGUCGACCUACUCCGGCUUCAAGAUCGGCAAGGGAUCGGCCCAGUUCGGCACGCCCGCCAGCGCCGAUAAGGCCAAGAACCAGGGCAACUUUGCCAUCAACGAGUUUGAGUCUGUGGGAACGAUAAACGGCGUGCCGGCCCAGGAGUUCAACUUAGACUCACUGGAGGACAAGCCAUGGCGAAAGCCAGGAGCCGACAUCACAGAUUAUUUCAACUACGGGUUUACGGAGGACACUUGGCGAGCCUAUUGUGAGCGCCAGAAACGGAUGCGACUCAACGAGUCGGGAGUCGGUAUCGCCAACCUACCGGUCAAACCGUUCCAGACGUCUGUCAACGUGGAGCGGCACACCUCCAAGGCGGCUCCGCAGUCAGCGCGUCGGUUCAACAACUCGGGGACCAUCGAUGUGAUCGGCGCCUCGGCACCGAGCCGACGGGGCUUCGAGGGGGCGGCCGGUGGCGACCCGGCCGCGCCGGCGCCGGCGGCCAACUACUCGCUACCACCGCCCAUGGCGCCGCCGGUACCCGGGUACGCGGCGCCGCCUCCCGGCUUCGGGUUCAGCCAGCCUCCUGCGCCGCCGCCGCCCUUCUACGAUCCGCCCGGCUACGGACGCAGCGCUCCGGCGUGGGGCGGCGCGCCGCCACCACACCCUCAGGCAUGGCCGGCGGGCGCGCCGGGCCUGCCGCCGCCGCCGGUGCCCGCGCCGCUGCCAGUACCUGAGCCGCUGCUGCCGCCGGGCACCAUGACGCCGUCCCAGGAGAGCCUGGACCGCGAGAGGGAGCAGUAUACACCGAGCGGGAGCCGCAGCGAGGCCUGGAGUCCCGACCAGGGACCGCCGCGCGACAGGGACCGAGACAGAGAGCGGGACCGCGAGCGCGACCGGGAGCGCGAGCGAGAGCGCGAGAGGGAGAGAGAGCGCGACCGGGACCGAGAGCGGGACAGCAGUCGCCACCACCGCCGGCGCUCCCGGAGUCGCAGUCGCGAGCGGUCCCGUCGGCACCGGAGCCGCUCCCGCAGCCCCUCUCACCGUCACACGCGCAACAGCAAGAAGAGCAAGAAAAAGGACAAGAACGACCCGGAGUAGUCGCGCCGCCGAGUGCCGCCGCCAGGGGCCGGCGCCGCCACCUCGCUGUAAUGUGAACGCGUUCCUUUGCGUUCGGUCGGUGUUCGCCGCGCCGGGACAGACACUUUGCGUGUGCGCGUGAGAGGGCCGGGCGGUGGUGUGUCAGAAAGCGCGCGCCAGCGGUGGCGGGAUGCGGGGGCGCCGGCGGGCCGUCCCGCGUUGUCACCGGUCUCACAUUACUGUGUUGCAUCCGACGCUCAUUACACUGGUCGACAUUCCCAGGGUGUUCA